GUUCCGCCCCGCCCCUGCAAACAUUCGCCACCUAAACCAGGAAGCAAAAUACACGUAAACACGGAUUGAACAAAUACAAGGCAGAAAGACGAGCUGUUUUCAGCGGAUUGCUGCACAGAAGCGAAUAUAAACCCGCCCUGGAUGUGUUUAUUCCUCUAAACGCACGUGGAUCUACCAGCACUGCUCCACUGGUCCCACCAUCACUCAGAGUAAGAGGGAGGUACACAUCAAUACUCUUCUGUUCUGGCACCGAGGUGGUGGAAUAAAAUUCCUCUAGAUGUCCAAACAGCUGAGUCUUCAAACGAUUGUUGCUGUGGGCAGUAUGGGACAGCACAUGGGAAAACGUGAGCCAUCACCUGAGUCGAAGACUCUGUCAGACCCAGCAUCUAGUACCACAGCAGAGUCUGACUCUCGGGACGAUGUCUUUGGCAUGAACGACUCGGACGUCAACCAGAACAAAAACCGUUCAAGCAAAAGCCAGACGACGUCAGGCGACGCCCCUCCCAGCGCUGGACAGACCAACCAGCGUGGUGGAUAUUGGCCACGCCCACACUUGGUCCGCCUUUUUUCCCGUGAUGCCCCGGGCCGAGAGGACAACACCUUCAAAGAGCGACCGUCGGAGUCGGACGAACUUCACACCAUCGAGGAGGUCGGAGGAGCCACGUCCGAAAACGCAGAGUGAAAGCAAAUAACCCGACUCAUUCACUUGCUCCUUUCGCUCUUUGACACCCAACAUGGCGUCUUCAGGCUCAGCAGGACAGUCCGGCUUCAGACUCGGGCGCGCAAAGAAAAACCCUGGAGUGAUGGAUCAGAUUGGAAAAAUCUUUGGAGGUGAUAAGAAGCGGAAGAGCAAGGUGAGGAGACGUGGGCUUUCUUUAAAAAGAAAAGAAAAAAACAAACUCUUUAACACUCCACAUAACUUCUUUUGGUUGUUUUCCCUACAAUGAUGGAACGCUGAUCCAAUGUGUCCUGCUGAUCUGAUCUUCUUAAUACCUUUAGCAUUGCUGUUGCUAAAUUUGAAUUUUUUGUUGUUUAUAUGUAAGUUCGGUGUUGUAUAUGUGCACAAUUGGUGUGGUUUAGGGAUCUAAAGCUAGAGCCACUCCAGCUAUUUCAUUUAUUUUUUAAAAUACUUAAAGUAAGGGAUUUAUUUGGAUGGAUUUGCCUUUUUUUUUCUUUAAAUACUAAAAAACAGCUCCUUUUUUAUCAGUUAGUUCGUCGAUUAUUUCCCGUUCUCAACUUAAUAUCUUUCCAUUCUCUCGUUUUAUUCUAAAUUUUAUCGCUCGUACAUACCGUGUACAUAAUGGGUGUGGUUUCUAAAGUGAUCUAACGACGGAGUCACUUGUGAGGGGCACAUCUGACUUAUUUUAAAUAAAUAAAUAUAUUAAUUAAUUAAUUAAUUUAAAAAAAACCAUGAGAAUUAAAUGUCAUAGAUUUAAGUGAGAAAAAAAAUUAGGAGAUAUUAAAGAUUAUAAUUCUCUUUGUAAAAGAAGAAACGUAUCCAUAAUCAGGAUGUGAUGGAUGUUAAAAUAUUACUUUCCUUAUUCGCAUUUAUUCAUCAUCAUCAUCAUCAUCAUUAUAGGAUUGAUUCCUUUUUUAAGAAAAUGUAUAAGUUCUAAUUAGAACCCUGAUCUUUAUAUGAAAUUGAACUUUUGUUUCAUUUACAUUUUGUGGACUUUACAUUUUGUAGCACGUUAGUUUACAAAGUCACACUUGUGUCCUAGGGAACGUUUUCUUUCCUUUUCUUCUUUUUUUUUACUUUUUCUUUUAUUUUUUUCUUUACUUUUUACUUUGUCAUUGUUGGUUGUUGUACAAACUGCCAGAAGUUGUUUCUAUGGAUACUACGGUACUCUCAUUUUGUUUAAAAGGCUUAUCAAUAAGAACAGGUAUGAAAUACAGAGAGAAUUUAAGAGUAACGUUUAAACCCGAGUUCAUGCUGAAAUCAUUUUUUUUAACUGAAUCUCAGUUUGUGCCAACGUACCCCGAAAAACUGCUGACGAAUGUUCUGGCAGUUUCUAUACAUUUUUAUUAAAAUCUCAAGAACGGCAAUGAUGAGAAAUUACAAACGUUUACGCAAAACUCAAGGAACAGUUAUUGAUACUGAAGUAGCGAUGGGAAAACUUAGACAAAACAUGUUUACACACCGUCUAAAACCAGCUUUUUAAAAUACAAACAUUUUACUUAUGCGUUAAGUGACAUUAAAAAAUUCCUUACAAAAGCUAGCCUACUGUCAACAGGAGCUUUUUCCAUCCCAGCACUUUCAAAACAAAUACAGAUGCUAUUUUCUUUCUAUUUUUCUCUUUCUUCUGAUAUAAACCCUGAUAUAUGAAUAAGCUGUAGUUUCAUAUCAAGCAGAUGAAAGUGUUAAUUAAGUAAAAAAGUCAUUUUUUGCGCGGUGGACAUUUUCAUGUCGAACAUUUAUAUGAUGUAACGUCCGUACGUCCAGACCUGGACGGCAUAUUUUAACAGAUAAUCUACAGAUUAAACGUGUCGUCUUUAAAUAUGCAACUUUUUGCGAGUAUUGUGUAUCUGAGCCACUGCCACAAGCUGUUAUAUUUCAUCUGUUAUCAAGACGAUAUUUAUUUCCAAUCUGAGACGGAUCCCACCGAGAUCCGACUUCGUCUCAGGAAGCUUCCAUUUUUUUAAAUUGCAGAUAAUUUAACCUAAAGCUAUUCAUAAUAUCAUAGUGUUAUGUUGUGGUAAAACUAGUACUUAACUAGUACUUAACUAGAAAAACUGGGGGAAAUAUCAUAGUAUUUAAUAACUGAUGCGAUACAAACAGAUAUUUGGUAGGAACAAAUUCCAAAGUGCUGAAUUCAAGAGUGUAGAAUUUAAUCUAAAAUGAACACCAGCUAUCGUUUACAUUUAACUCUAUGCCAGAUUUAUCAUUUUAAGACUAGAAUGACCGUAAGAUUUGUUCGCCAUUACAAAUCAUACACAAAUGAGUAUUAUUACAUCACAAUCCUACAGUGCCGCAUGUCAAUAAUGCAAUGUUCCAAUGAAUAAAAAGUGUCUAUUUUUUUAAGCCUCGACUCACACCAUAAAGCAAGCAAAAGAUUUUUACGAUACUUUUACGAUCCAAAAACGUAUAUAUUUUGAAAUUAACGACGUAGCUCAUUAGUAAGAGGCCUGUGCCUAUUAUUGGUUUUCUAAUAUAUUGCCGUUUACACGUGCACGUUAUGCAAUUAUUAUUAUCAUGAAUAUCAUCAGUGUUUCAGGUUUUUUGGUGUAGGUUUCCUACAUCAGCAGGAUUUUUACUUUCCACUUAGAUCAGAUUUAUCACGUUAAAAGAGUAGCAAAACAAAUCGUUGUCUCACAAAUGUCGUUACUUACAUCAAUCCCUUAUGUGUGAUAAGAUACCUUUUUAAUGAAUGACACAAAGUUCUUAAUAAAUAUAAUUUAUUUUUUGUGACCGAUACUAAAUUCUGAAGAUAGAAACAUGAGUAAUUCAUUUUCCCCCAAGUAUGAAUAUUCAAAUAGUUUUUUUUCCAUAUUCAUAAAUUCAGUGAUUUAGUUUUCAUGAGUCCUAGUGAGAUCUGUCAUACUGCUGAAAUCUGUCCAUCAUAGACAAAAAAUUUAUUCAGUAUUACUUUCGCUUCUCUCUAUUUCCUUCACACUGUAUUCUGUUGUCAUAGUAAAGUGUAUUUUUUGCAUUUAUUUACAUGACCUUCAUUUAGAGAAUAUUUCUUUUCUAAUGCUGGAUUUUUGUUGCCAAAUGACUGUUUAUGCCUUUUAAAUCUGACAGUUUAAGUGUUAUCGGGGUGUGUGUGUGUGUGUGUGUCUGUGUGUUUAAACAAACUGUUAUUGGAGCUAAUGCUAAUCUCCAGAGCUAGUUUAGCAAAACACCAAACAGCCCCUUAGCUUCUUGUCUUCAUUUAAGCCCGAGUGACACGUCGUACCAUUUUUUUUUUUAUUCUUGUUGCUGCAAACUGUUGCUGUAAUGCUGAGAAAAUCAGGAUGUUUAAGUGAAACCAAACUCCACUGGUACUCAGGAAAUGCAGUGUGUGAAUGAAAGCGUUAGCAUACUUUGCUACGGUACUCUUCUAAGAUGUCUCUUUUUCUGUGCUGUAAAACACAAGCAGUUAUUUGCAGUACAAAAGCCUUAAUUACUUAAAUAUGGGUUCAUAAAUAAUUUGGGAUAUUUUGUUCAAGUGCCAUAUAAUAAUAUUUUAAUGUCUCUUAAACUCUCUGCCUUUUUUUUGUCAUCUAAUGUAUUUCACAUUGGCUUUGUCCUAAACCACAUAUUAUUCCCUACUUAGCAAACUUCUAAUUGUGUCUGAAAGCACAGUGUAGAAUAUUUACUAAUCCCAUAAUGCACUGCAACUGAUUAAUAACCUAAUCUACACCACAGAGGCUGCUAUAUAGUGCGUUUCUUUAUGGCUAUUCGGCCAUAGAAUGCAGGUGAAAUGCGGCGAUGCAUCAAAUAAUUCCCAUAAUGCAAUGCGGUGUUUGAAGAUGCCAUGAAGACUUUAUAGUUAUUUGUUAUAUGCUAUUUUAAAUGCCAUUCAGAGACUAUAUGUGGUUUGGGACACAUCCAGAGUGGACUGACAAUGUUUGAGAAUUUAAUGCUUUAUUAAUGUUUACCCCAGUGUAUUAUAGUACAUUAACACACCAAAUGUGGAUUAGAGUGUUAAUGGGGAGAGAGAGAGAGAGUGGAUCCGUGUCCUCUUUUUGUGCAUUUUUGAAGUAUUAAUCUCAUUCUUAUACCGAUUUAUGUCUUUAUCUACGUUCCCUUGUAAACUUUAUGUUAAUUUUGCUUGAUUAAACCAACAUAACAAAACA